AUGUCUUCCGGCGACAACUCGCUCUUCGCGAGGCACUACAUCGACUAUGUCUACAUGCCCGGCCUGCUACUCAUCGUCGGAACCCUCAUCGUCAAGAAGGAGUGGACGCCCUACGCCGCCCUCCUCGCCGUCGCAUUUGGCGCCUACAACUUCCUCGCUUUCCAGGUGAAGAAGGUCCUCAAGCCUGAUGUCUUCCAGGAGUUCGAGCUCGAGGAGAAGACCAUCAUCUCGCACAAUGUCGCCAUCUACCGCUUCAAGCUCCCCAGCCCCAAGCACAUCCUCGGCCUCCCCAUCGGCCAGCACAUUUCCAUCGGCGCCCCCUGUGUCCAGCCCGAUGGUUCUACCAAGGAGAUUGUCCGCUCUUACACCCCCAUCUCUGGUGACCACCAGCCCGGCUACUUCGACCUUCUGAUCAAGUCGUACCCCCAGGGCAACAUCUCUAAGCACAUGGCCUCGCUCGUCGUCGGCCAGCCCAUCCGCGUCCGUGGCCCCAAGGGCGCCUUCGUCUACACUCCCAACAUGGUCCGUCACUUCGGCAUGGUCGCCGGUGGCACUGGAAUCACCCCUAUGCUCCAGGUCAUCCGGGCCAUCAUCCGAGGCCGCGCUGCCGGAGACAAGACCGAGGUCGACCUCAUCUUUGCCAACGUCUCGCCCCAGGAUAUCCUCCUCAAGGAGGACCUCGACUCUCUUGCCGCCCAGGACGCCGGUAUCCGCAUCCACUACGUCCUCGACAAGCCUCCGGAGGGCUGGACUGGUGGCGUCGGCUAUGUUACCGCCGACAUGAUCACCAAAUGGCUCCCCAAGCCCGCCGACGAUGUCAAGAUCCUCCUCUGUGGACCUCCUCCCAUGAUUAGCGGUCUCAAGAAGGCCGCAGAGAGCCUUGGCUUCAAGAAGGCUCGCCCCGUCAGCAAGCUCGAGGACCAGAUCUUUGCCUUUUAA